CUUUCAGGGAAUAAAAACUGCAGUUUUUCCUCAGACGUCUGCUGGAGAAUCAGCCUGUGCGGAGAUGUCUCAGCUGUGCGUCCUGCUGCCUCUCUCAGGCCUUUUGCUCCUCAUCUCCUCAACGUUUGCUUCAGGAUCCAGUGUGCCGCACCCUGUGACCUGUGUGACCCGUGGAGCCGACCUGAUGGAGGACGGGGCGGUGGUGUUGUGUCCUCCAGACUGCACCCAGUGGAGGGUGUCUGUGUUCGGGACAGGAAUCUACGCCUCCGUGUCCUCCGUCUGUGGAGCUGCUGUCCACAGGGGGGUGCUGGGUCCGUCCGGAGGCCCCGUCAGGGUUCACAAGCUGCAGGGACGACACAACUACAUGAGCUCCUACGCCCACGGCAUCCAAUCACAGGCCCUGUCCCGCUGGACCGCCUCCUUCAGCCUCACCAAGCCUGUUAAUGUUCCACUGGAGUUGACGGGUGACAGCAGCACCACAGCUCUGCCUGCAGCUGCACAACCAGCAAAGAAAGCAGUGAAGAAGCCGUCGGUGAAGAAAGCUCUGACCGGUGGAAAUAAAGAUUGUCAGAUGGACAUCGCCAUGGUGAUCGACAGCAGUAGCAACAUCGGGCAGCGGCGGUUCAACCUGCAGAAGCACUUUGUCGCCAAGCUGGUGGCCAUGUUGAGAGUCGGACAAACAGGACCACAUGUAGGCCUGAUCCAGGCCAGUGACUCCCCCAGGAUGGAGUUCUUUCUGACCAACCACACUCAGCCUAAAGAUCUGCUGUUUGCCAUCAAGGAGCUGGUCUACCUGGGAGGAGACACCAACACAGGUAAGGCCAUCCUGCGCACGGCGGAGACCUUCUUCGCCCCGGAGAACGGGGGCAGGCGGGGUCACCCCCGGGUGAUGAUGGUGCUGAUCGACGGCUGGCCGUCCGACGACCUGGAGCAGGCGGCCAUAUUGGCCAGAGAGUCCGGCAUCAACGUCUUCCUGGUGUCCGUGGCCAAGCCGGCGCCCGAGGAGCUCGCCAUGGUGCGGGACAGGGAGUACGUGAAGAAGGCGGUGUGUAAAGACAACGGUUUCUUCAGCUAUUUGAUCCCCAGCUGGUUCAGCACGACCAAACACGUCAAACCUCUGGCUCAGAGACUCUGCUCGCUGGACAGCCUGCUGUGCAGUAAAACCUGCUAUAACUCGGUGAACAUCGGGUUCCUGAUCGACGGCUCGUCCAGCGUCGGAGACGGAAACUUCCGGCUGGUCCUGGACUUCCUGGCGGGAAUCGCCAGAAGCUUUGACAUCUCAGACGUGGGAUCUCGCAUCGGUGCGGUGCAGUUCACCUACGAUCAGAGGCUGGAGUUCGGCCUGUUUGACUACUCCACCAAAGACGACGCCAUCAACGCCCUGAGGAGGAUCCCUUACAUGAGUGGAGGCACGGCCACCGGAGGCGCCAUCAGCUACGCCACCCAGAACCUGUUCAGGCGGACCGGACCAGGACGCAACUUCCUAAUUGUGGUGACAGACGGCCAAUCGUACGACGACGUCAGAGGCCCUGCGAUGGCUGCGCAGAAUCAAGGCAUCACCAUUUACUCUGUGGGCGUGGCCUGGGCACCCCUGGAUGACCUCAAAGCGAUGUCAUCGGAGCCGAAGGACAGCCACACCUUCUUCACCAGAGAGUUCACCGGCCUCGCCGAGUUCAUCCCUCCACUGGUCCGAGGCAUCUGCCGACACUUCACAGAGAACAACUGAACACGCGUGUCUGUACUUCUAGACUGGUGAUAACGACCUGAACCGUGACCCCAACCCCAAACCAGGUCUGACCUGGACUGAAUAAAAGGCCCCCGCUUUUCAGGUAGAACGCAAAAGAAAACAUUUGUACUCUGAUGCUCAUGAGGUCCGUCGCUGACGGCCCCUCCAUCCAAAACCAAGAGCGAGUCCUCACAGCACAGGUCCGAAACCACCAAGAUAGAAGUACAAGUACACACUGUAUAUAUACUGUACACAUAUACCUACUAAUACUGAGACAUACACAUGUAUAUAAAAACACACGACGUAGAGUCACACAUGUAAACCAAAAACAUUUUUUCUAUUUAAUGAAGGAGACGUUGGGAAAUCAGCAAACAACCAAUCACGAACAGUCGAGACCAGAAUGAUUCACGAAACGGUCCACGGUCAGUUUGAUUCUGCAGCCGCUACAGAGUACUCAGAUUACCCUAAAAUACAACACAAAAACAGUAAAAGUACUAUAGUAAACUACUUGUAAGAACGUAGCAAACACCAUAACUAACUAACUUCACUAUAAUCAUCAGUGAGGCCGCUGUGAUGCUAGGCUAAUGCUAGAUGCUAACUGAAAUAAAACCCUGCUGGAUCCACAAACUGCAGAUUAAAGCGAAACAAAACUGGAUCCCAGUUUUUGUAAUUACGACUCUCUUCAAUAACGAAUGCAACAUUCUUCCAAACGAAUCCGUCUCUAAAAACACUCAAACUAAAAAUGUGAUUGUUGAAUCUCAGACUGUGUAAUUUAUUCUUCUGAUCUCGGUGAAUUUCAGACAUUUUAGUGUCUAAAAGAGAAACAUUUUUCCAGGAAAACACAAAGACCUGAUGUCUAAUUAUUUUGUUGAGGCAUAGCUGGAAAUAAGUCCUGAAUAAAGAAAGUGCCAAAUAUCUCUGUCACAAGUUAUCAUCAUCCUUUAUGUCAGAUCUGAUAACAAUCUGUCAAAUACUUUGAAUUCCCGUCUACUUCAGAAGAAAGACAAACACAUCUGUGCUCACAAAUUAAACCGUGAUGAUAAUAAAUAGUUUUGUUGACAUAUUAACAUAUUUGCACAUGUCAGAACAUCUGCGGUUGAUGAGCUGCUUGGACUGAUGCAGUUUGACUUUGUGCAGAGACGUGAGGAUGACAUCAUAUUCUUUGACGUGUUUCGACACGUUAAAUGUUGUCGUGGUGCUUUGGUGGCCGCAGCACGCACCCCACGACUGCAGCGUCCACAGGUUGGUUCCCGGCCUGUCGCCGUCUGCCGUGUCCUCUGUCCCGUCUGUCCACACUGUGACUGUCCAACAAAAGCAAAACGUCAACCAUCGUUUCCUGUUUGAGAGCUCAAUUUAUUACUUCUGUAGAAGAACUUCAACGACCAUCUUUUAGAGGUGUCGCGUCUCAAGUGAAACCAGCGGCUGCCUGGAAGGAAGGAAACCAAAAACUGAUGGAUUAUUUCUAGGUGAAAGGGCUAAAAUGAGGUGUGUGGGUGUUUUCUGUUGGGACGUCUGGUCCUGUUCUGUUAGCAGGAGUCGUCCAGCUGUCAUAAAGCAUUAAAAACUAUUUGAUUUCUUUGUCUCUGCAAAUGAAACCUUCUAUGCAAUCUGUCCUUUGUCUGUAUUUAU